CAUUCUUGUGGGGAAAAAGAGCAAAAGAAAAGAGAGAAAUAAUAAGAGAGUACUACAGCUGGUGUACGUAGGUGGCCGGAGGCAGCCAUGGCAGCAGCAAGACAGAUGCUAAUGGAGCAGCAACAAUCACUGCAGGUGCAGCGGGUGAAGAACUCCGGAAUCAUGAGUUGCAAUGGGAGCCCGGUAAUGGAGGACAAGGAAGACGAGAUGUCACGGUCAGCGCUGGCUUUGUUCCGGGCGAAGGAAGAAGAAAUUGAGAGGAAGAAGACGGAGGUUAGAGACAAGGUGCAUGCUCAGUUGGGCCGUGUCGAAGAAGAAACUAAGCGCCUUGCAGAUAUUCGAGAAGAGCUCGAGGCUCUCACAGAUCCAUUGAGGAAGGAAGUUGGAGUCGUUCGCAAGAGGAUAGAUACAGUUAACAAAGAGUUGAAGCCACUGGGCCAAACCUGCCAAAAGAAGGAGAGAGAGUACAAGGAAGCCCUUGAGGCUCUCAAUGAGAAAAGCAAGGAAAAAUCUCAACUAGUUACCAAAUUAAUGGAGCUGGUGAGUGAAAGUGAGAGACUAAGGAUGAAGAAGCUGGAGGAGCUCAGCAAAAAUAUAGAUACCUUGAAAUAAGAUGAGUUAAUAAUAAAGAAAACCAGAUUGGUGUGCUCGAUUGAUCGUGUGGUGUAAUUAGCUAGUGUAGCUAUUUUUGAAUUUUACAUAUUUUCUGAUUUCUUAAUUAAUUUCUCUGUAUUAAUUUCAUGACUGGUUUUCCAUGGGAGGUUUUCUGAUU